GGCGAACAGGCUCCUGCUGCUGGAGUGUACAGUGAGUGUCCUUCGCCUGCACACUGAAUUACGUCUUGCAUAUAGUCGCUGUCUGUUUAGGUUGAUAAAUAUGUCUACUACCACCGGCGGCGGCGAGUUCGGCAAUCCUCUGCGAAAGUUCAAGCUCGUCUUUUUGGGCGAGCAGAGCGUUGGGAAGACGUCUCUGAUCACCAGGUUUAUGUAUGACAGCUUUGAUAACACCUACCAGGCAACAAUUGGCAUUGACUUUCUAUCAAAAACCAUGUACCUAGAAGAUCGCACGAUUCGGCUACAGUUGUGGGACACGGCAGGGCAGGAGCGCUUCCGUAGCCUCAUCCCCAGCUACAUUCGUGACUCAGCAGCCGCUGUGGUGGUCUAUGAUAUAGCAAAUCUCAACUCUUUCCAGCAAACUUCAAAAUGGAUAGAUGAUGUCAGAACAGAGAGAGGAAGUGAUGUAAUUAUCAUGCUGGUCGGAAACAAAACAGACUUGGCAGAUAAAAGACAGAUCACCACGGAGGAGGGCGAGCAGAGGGCUAAGGAACUGAAUGUCAUGUUCAUUGAAACCAGUGCAAAAACUGGCUACAAUGUCAAACAGCUUUUUAGACGUGUUGCCGCGGCCUUGCCUGGGAUGGAUAGUGCACCAGAGAAAAGCAAGGAAGACAUGAUUGAUAUCAAACUGGAGAAAUCUCCAGAACUGCCGGUGACUGAGAGCAGCUGCUCAUGCUAGUAACCGCUCCAGACUCGCACCAGCUCGGCCUCCUCCCCACCAACAGCUUGUCUCACAGUGGCCCUGUGCCAUUAGUCAGAGCCUUUUAUUUCCCCUUUGACUCAGUGACUUUUCGGAGUAACCGUGUGGAUGUGCUAUUACUCUGUAUUAAAACAGAUUAUCGAAAAAUAUAUAUGUUAAAGGAAAAACAGUAAAGAAAUUUAAGCAUAGGUUAUACCCUCAUUGGAUUCAUAUCUAUCCUGACUGCAUGGCAUUGUGUAUGAUUGCAGACUGACAAGGCUCAAUUGCUCUUGCACUUUCUUUUGAGCAUCAGUGCCAUCACGCUCAUCAUUAUCAAUUUGUUUCAGAAUACUUAACUUACUUAUGUUGGACCAAGAUCCUCAUCUCUUAACGCCUUGCUAUUUUAUUUAAGUGAACAGAAAGGCAAUGGCAUACUAAAUAGCAUUGUCUAUUGAUGAACUGUAAACGUGUUAUUGUGUUGUUGGUUUUUUUUUUUUUUUACAAAUCAUAGUUUUGACAAUUUUUCAUAUGACAGCUGAAAGGCCAGUUCUGACUUGGAUCUCGAGGGACCUCUUCUCGCUCUAGAUGAUUGUGAGGCUAAAAAGUCUCACAAUAUGUAAAAUGACACAAAAUAAAGCCCUAAACAAGUUGUAAUUGAAUGUUAAUGAAUUUGGUGUUGGAGAUCAGUACAGUUAGAGACUUUUAUUUCAGCUAUAGGUUUUGGCCAAAGAAGACUUGCUAUAAAUAGGAUAAUUUUAGACAUCUGUUCAGUUUCAAUCAUUUCCACCCUUUUAUACACUUCAUUGGUAAAUUGCAUGGAAUUUCACUGCACCUAGUCGAGGGUGAAAAGCUGUGGAUAUACAUUCAGAAGUCGUUCAAGAUACGUGUUUUUUUGUUGUUUUUUUAAACGUUAUUAUAACUACCCAUAACCUGUAAUCAUAAGAACCUCGUUAACUAUAAUUAAUUAAUUUUUUUUAAUACCUGGAUGGUUUCUUGGAAGCAAGGGAACGAAUUACACAUUAGUGGGUGUACCAGAUUUCAGCAGCUGCAUCUGGUGUCUGUUCUCACUGCGCUCGAUAUUUGCCUUGUGUUCAGUAAACCAUAGCAGGACCAGCAUGCUAUCUAAAGGGUGCUUUACACUGUUAAAAAAAAAAAAAAAAAAAAAACAAGCACCAAAUCACAACGUUGUGGUUUCGAGAGGCCUGCUGAUUUGCAUAAAGCUGCGGAGGUUUCUGUUGAGUAUAUGGAGCUUUUUCCCCUUAUGCACAGCUUAAUGCUUAGUGUUUCUAAACGUCUUGAAGAGUUGAACCAUGUGUUGUUAAUGCUCGUUUUAAGACUGGUGGUUUUUAUACGUUAAUUUAUUUAUCUCACUAAGAAAAGAACAUGUGAUGUGUGCUUGGCCUGAAUGGCACUUAUUAAACACUUGGGAAAGUCAGUUAAUUUAUGGCUUGCAUUUCUGCUUUGGCUACUGUAUCACAGAGACCUGGUUGUGUAAUUCUUUUUCUCCUCAUGCUCAUUUUCUCUCGGUUGUAUGCUCAGUGUGUAGUUUUGAGGAUCUGGCCAGACCGGAUCUAUAGUUGUGUACAUGCACUUCAAUGUACAUUCUUUGACGGCGCCACUACACAGCUUGUUUUCAAAUCUUCGCAUUUAACAUUGUUUCGAUAUAGAAGUAUUUAAUUACAAGAAACAUCUCUCUCCUGAACAGCUGUACACUUAUUGUCACUGAUUGAAUACUCCGCUGUGUGCUAUUCUGAAGUGUGUUUGUCUAUUUGAAAUAUGCUGUCUUACUAGUGUUUAGCAAAAAUGUAUGUGGGAAAAAUGCAUUAUCUGCUGUUAAAAAACAAACAAAAAAAAGUUAAAGAAACACUGAAGUGUAUCACAUGAAAUAAAGAUAUUUCACCAAGCGUUAA